AUGGAGAUCUAUCUGAUUUACCUUUUGCCGCUUGUGGCCAUCGUGUACAUCGUCUACCACCACAUUACAAAGGAUAUUAACUACUUCCACGAUAAGCCGAUACCUUCCAUCGCCGCUAAACCACUGUUCGGAAGUACGUGGCGGUUGGUUAUGAAGAAGAUUGCGCUGCAUGAGUUUAUCAUCGAAAUUUACAACAAGUAUCCCUUAGUGAAAGUUUUCGGAAUGUUCGACAUGACGACACCGGUGUUCGUCGUGCGUGAUCCGGAACUGAUUAAACGGAUUGGCGUGAAGGAUUUCGACUAUUUCGUGAACCAUCGAUCCAUUUUCGGCAACACGGACAACAACCACCCUCGGGCUUUGUUCAGCAAAACACUGGUCGCCCUUAACGAUCAGAAAUGGCGGAAUAUGCGGGCCACCAUUAGCCCUGCCUUUACCGGAAGUAAGAUGCGGCAGAUGUUCGACCUGGUUCGUGAAUGUUGCGAGAAUAUGGUGAAGUUUUAUAAGGACGAAGUGCGCGCUAAAGGUGGUUCACAGGAGCACGAGAUGAAGAAUGUGUUUACGCGCUUCUCGAAUGACGUGAUAGCGACAUGCGCCUUCGGUCUGAAGGUGGACUCGAUGGGCAAUGCCAACAACGAUUUCUACACCAACGGAAAGAAGAUGGUAGCCUUCGACCGGCCGAUUGUGAUUCUUAAAAUGUUCGGUUUCCAAAUGGCACCAAGAUUGAUGGGUUGGUUGGGUUUGGAUCUGUUCGAUCGUGAACAGAAUGAUUUCUUUACGGAGAUCAUUCGGGAGACCGUUCGUACACGAGAAUCAGAUGGUAUCGUCCGUCCCGAUAUCGUGCACCUGUUGAUGGAAGCACGGAAGGGAAUGCUCAAACAUCAGAAGGAAACCAAGGAGGAAGAGGAAGUCAAAGGAUUCGCCACCGUCGAGGAAUCGGAAGUGAGCCAAGUUCAAGUCGGUAAAGAAAUGGAAAUGUCAGAAGCGGAGAUGGUUGCGCAGUGUCUUAUUUUUUUCCUCGCCGGCUUCGAUACCGUUUCCACUUGUUUGACAUUCCUGGCGUACGAGUUGACCCUUAAUCGCGAUGUACAGGAUAAACUGUACAAGGAGAUACGCGAAACAAAAGCCUCCCUCGGAGGUGGUCCACUGACGUACGAUGCCGUGCAGAAGAUGCAGUACAUGGACAUGGUCGUCUCGGAAGUCCUGCGAAAGUGGGCACCGGCUCCUUCUACCGAUCGCGUGUGCGUACGGGACUACGUGGUGGACGAUGGGGAGAGACUAAAAUUCACCAUUGAAAAAGAUACGGUUGUGUUCUUUCCCAUCGCUGGCCUUCACCACGAUCCACAGUACUACCCCAACCCGGGAAAGUUCGAUCCGGAACGGUUCAGUCCCCAAAAUCGUGAUAAAAUUAAUCCUAGUACGUAUCUUCCUUUUGGAAUCGGACCCAGAAAUUGUAUUGGAUCCCGCUUCGCCCUCAUGGAGGUGAAAGCGAUCUUCUACUACAUGCUGAUGGAGUUCACGUUCGAGAAAACUCCCAAUACACCGGUUCCAUUGCAAUUGGCAAAAACUAUUUUCGGUAUAUCAAGCGAAAAGGGAAUGUACGUGGAAUUUCGACCUAGAGUGUAA